AUGUCGACUUCCGAUCAAUUGUCAUUAUCUUUGGAAGAAAGAAGUGCACCUGUUGCAGUCGAAGAAGACGCUGGAAUGCUGUCACGCUUCAUUUCUUAUUUCAAGCCCUCGUAUCUAUGGAAAAAGCUCGCAUCGUCUUGGAUCAUGAGAUUCGCUAAGCUACAUAUUUACCUCAGACACGCAUCUGAGAUAGAUGUAGCAGGCAACAAACUAUUCAAACAAGUGCACGCUGAUAAGGUGCCGGAACUCUUCAGCAGCCGUGAGUUUCAAAAGUGGUCGAAAUAUUUUGCGGACGCCUUCCCUGAUGAUCCAAAUAUGUGCGCUCAGUAUAUGGUGUUGACGUUGGCAAAACACCAAAAGACAAAGCUGGUCUCCUCCAUUCCGAGUACUAAGGUUGUCGACGGCAAAUUAGCUUUUGGUGAUUUCUUCAAAGUCGCGCUGAUCGAUUAUAUCGCCAAAGCUAGGAGUGAUGCGAAGUCCAAACCGCUUGCUGACGAUCUUGAAAAAUCACUGCUUAUUUUCAGUAAAACACUGACAUUAAACGAGGACUCAAAGUCUAUUGGUGAGCAAUUGGGACGUGAAAUUGGCAUCAGCAACCGCAAGGAAAAACUUUCCGAUGUUGAUAUCCCGCAACCAGUGCAGAAGUUUUCCACUCAACAUGAGUUGAUAAGUAAACCGCUAACUCCGUUGACGCCCGCCAUUGACAACCAUGAGGCCACAGCCUCCGAACCACUAAAAGUUGUCCAGCUUGACAAAGUACAGUCGGAGGCUUUUGACAGCCAAAAAUUACUAUCUUGGUUGAAGCUCAUUAAGGAGGCCAAGCCAGAUGAAAGUGGAAAUUACGCCGAUUUGAGCUUGUCGGGAAUGGCGAAACGCAAGAUAGAAAAUCUGUUUGAUUCUCUUCCGGCUGCUAAGCUUGUCGAUGGCAAAUUAGCUUUUGGUGAUCGCGUUAAAGAUAUUCUGAUGAACUUUCUCGCCGAAGCUACUCCUGUAUCGAAUUUCAAGGGUCUUGCUGAUCAUCUUGAACGCUCACUGCUUAAACUCAGUGAGAAUUUAAAGGCAGAUGAAGAAUCAAAGUUCAUUGGUGAGCAACUAGAAGGUGAAAUUCGUGUUGUUCGAAUUCGCAGCAACAAUGAAAAUAUUGUUGACGUUCUUGAACAUCCGAGCGUGCAGAAGUGGUACUUCUCCCAACCUACACAAGAGACGGUUUCUGCUGGCUCCAUUUUAGCUGCCAAGUUGCUUCAGCAAGGUAUCAAAGACACAAAAAUUGGUGUUGCGCAUCUCGAAGCUCGAAGUCCUGCGGCAAAGAAAAUCAUGAAGGAAGUUGUAUAUUCCAGACUGGUACUAAAUUUACAGGUUUCGUCGGACGAAACCACUAUCGAAAGUAUUGACCGGUGGAUUUGCCUUGCAAUUGAGUUGAACGCUGAUGUUGAGACGGUCGUGUUUCCUUUACUGAAGAAGUCGAUAUCUGUUGGUUCGAUUCUUCGUAUUUGUUUUUUCGUUAAACCUUCGAGGGUUGAUGCAAAAGCCUAUAUGGAAGGAAUACAUGAUGCUGUGUUCAAAUCAUGGGAGUCUAUUGGAGACGAAGCUGCGUUGAAGGAGCUUGGACUAGAAACCUUCUACUUUGAAGAACUUUUGGCGCGUGAAUGGAUUGAUUACAUGAUUUCGCGACAUUCGAAUGAUGCGAAUGCUGUGAUGACUAAAAUUUUACGCAAAAACUACGAAGAUGAUAUUGCGGACUUGAUUGUUGAUGGAAAAGCGAGCAAAUAUGAUAAUUACCAAUCGCUUGCGAAAGCUCUUGAAUCGACUCAAGUUUAG